UGUUCAGGGCGGAGUAGCUCAUGCUCAAAUUGUCGCAAGAAGUCCCUAGAUGACGCAGCCAACUAAUUUGCAUAUUCAUCGAGCUGUCAUGAACAUUUGCAUAUCAAAACGUAUUAUAUUGUUGAUCACUGAUUGGUGUUUUGGAUUAAUGUGGAUCACUGAUUGGUGUUUUUUGAUUAAUGUAGCUGACUGAUUGGUCUUUGAGAAUAAUGUUGAUCACUGAUUGGUGUUUUGGAUUAAUGUGGAUCACUGAUUGGUGUUUUUUGAUUAAUGUAGCUCACUGAUUGGUCUUUGAGAAUAAUGUUGAUCACUGAUUGGUGUUUUGGAAUAAUGUAGAUCACUGAUUGGUCUUUGAGAAUAAUGUUGAUCACUGGUGUUUUGGAUUAAUGUAGAUCACUGAUUGGUCUUUGUAAAUAAUGUUGAUUACUGAUUGGUUGUUGGGAAUAAUGUAGAGCUGCAACAACUAAUUGAUAAUAAUCGAUUAUGAAAAUCGUUGUCAAUGAAUCUCGUUAUCGAUUAGUUGGUCUGCGCUCGGCACGGGGUACAUUUACUCACUACGUUACUUCUGUUCCGAAAACACGCUUCAGAGAGUAAAUACUAAAGUUGUGCCCCAAAUGACGUACUAUACACUUACACUAUGCACUGUGUACUCUACUGUCUAGUGUGUGAAUUUUAGAAAGGUAAUAUCAUCUCAAAUAGAACACUAGCGUUUUUUUACUAACCGGAAAUAUCAGCCGCUUCCUAGUCGACGGCGCAUGACGACAUACGCAAGUAAUGCGACACCGCUAGCUUUAGCGUAAUACCCAGAGUCAACGACAAUGACUUUCUUCAGUUUGCUGUUUAUGACAACGUUACCUUUUAUUCCCAACAUGACCUCAGUCACCAUCAGACGGAGGCGAAAUCAUCACGUAACUGAGGAAGAAAGUCCUCUAAGACAGGGGAACAUUUUAUAUUAAACACAGCAGAGAUCAAACAGUGCUGCACGAGCACAAAGUUAUGUUUAAAUCCAACCUGCUCCACUGUGUGUAAGGGGCAGGGGAAACUGGUGGAAGUUGCUUAAAAAGUUUAGUUUAAUUUAAGUUUAUUCUCAUUAUAUGCUGUAUUUGCGCACUUGCAGUGUAAAUUCUGUUGUUUAUUAUAACAGAAGUGGUCUAUUAGUAACGAGGCCUCGUUGCUCCUCACGCGCGGUGUAGACGCGCUGAUACAGAGUGUAGCGCAACCGCAGCAUGGUGCGAGUGGUCUUUUUGCACCCUGAUUUGGGAAUAGGAGGUGCGGAGAGGCUGGUGGUGGAUGCAGCUGUAGCCCUGCGUUCCCGUGGAUGCAGUGUCCAGAUCUGGACAGCACAUUAUGAUUCACAGCACUGCUUCUCAGAAACACUCUCGCCGGACCUGCCCGUGGUGUGUGUUGGCGACUGGUUGCCCACCAGUGUGUGUGGGUACCUCCAUGCCAUCUGUGCCUACCUGCGCAUGAUUUAUGUAGCUCUCUACCUGGUGUUUCUCAGCGGAGAGGAGUAUGAUGUCGUUUUCUGUGACCAGGUGUCUGCAUGUAUUCCUGUCUUGCGUCUGGCGCGCCACAGGAAGAAGGUCCUCUUCUACUGCCACUUCCCCGAUCAAUUGUUAACGGAGAGGCGUUCUCUUCUCAAGCGUCUCUACCGUGCGCCCAUAGACCGUCUGGAGGAGUUGACAACCGGCAUGGCCGACCUCGUCGUAGUCAACAGCAAAUUCACCGCCAACAUCUUCAAGGAGACCUUCCCCAACCUGGCUGCGAUCCAAACAGAUGUCCUUUACCCCUCUCUGAACACGUCCACUUUCGAUCAGAAUGUAGGCAACCUUGACGGGCUGAUUCCUGAGCACCGGCGCUUCCUUUUUCUCUCAAUAAAUCGCUAUGAGAGAAAGAAAAAUCUGCCGUUAGCAUUGCAAGCGCUGGCUGCGCUGAGGGAGCGGAUUUCAACUCGCCAAUGGGAACAGGUACACCUGGUUAUGGCAGGAGGCUAUGACGAGCGAGUGGCUGAGAAUGUGCAGCACUAUGCCGAGCUGCGCUCUCUAGCCGCCUCUCUUGGCCUGGAGGAGCAUAUCACCUUUCUGCGCUCUUUCUCUGACCACCAGAAGGUGGCACUGCUAAGCAAAAGCACAUGUGUCCUUUACACGCCCAGCGGUGAGCACUUUGGAAUCGUACCUAUUGAGGCCAUGUACAUGCAAUGCCCCGUGAUUGCUGUAGCCUCUGGAGGACCUCUGGAGUCUGUGGCAGAUGGAGAGACCGGCUACUUGUGCCAGCCCACAGCUGAAAGCUUUGCCGAAGCCAUGCAGCGAUUUGUGGUUGACCCGGAGCUUAAGCAGCACAUAGGGAAGGCAGGAAGGGAAAGGGUGCUAGGGCGCUUUUCUCUGCAAGCUUUCACCGAUCAGCUUUACCAAUAUGUCAUCAGUUUGAUCAACUAAUCCUUUGACACCCUUCUCCUGUUAUUCCACUGACCUGGUGCUGAAAGAAUGCACUCUCUCUAAUUAAAGAAGAGAGCUGUGAACAUAGGGAAUUGACCUGUCAAACAUUUGAGCUGGAGUGACAAUACAAGACAGAGCCAGAAUGUGGAGCAGCUUCUGACUGAGAGGUUAAUGAUUUACUCUUUGUGGGACAUUGUGUGUGUGUGUGUGCGUGUGUGCGCACAUGUGUCAUCAUCUCGGCGUAUGUAUGUGUAUGUUUUUUAUCCAUGGACUAUUAGAGUGUUUCUGAGACAGAAGUUGAUCUUCAUGUAGACCUUCAAGUAUCCUAGAGUUUGUGUAGUUCUAUCAAUGAGAGAUGUUUAGAUGUUUAUUUUGCUAAAUAGCAGACGUCUUAUGAUGUCAUUACGUGUAAAGUUUCUAGACACAGGACCACUAUUUUAUACACAGUGCUGUGAAAAAUACUUGCCUCCAUCCUGAUUUCUUCGAGUUUUGUGUAUAUCUCGUACUAAAUAGUUUUAGUUUUUGAAAUACAACAUUAACAAAGGCAACCUGAGUAAACACGCCAUGCAGUUUUUAUUUAUUUAUUUAUUUUAUUGAAGCAAAAAAAAAAUCCAAACCUAUCAUACAUGCGAAAAACUAAUUGCCCCCUUAAACUUCAAAUCUGGUUGUGCCACCUUUAUCAGCAAUAAAUGCAACCAAACGCUUCCGAUAACUAGAGAUCAGUCUUUCACUUACUUCUAGGACUAGGACUUACUCCUAUGAUUUGGAUCAUUGUCUUGCUGCAUAAUCUACUCGUGCUUGAGUUUCAACUUGGGGACUAAAGACCUGACAUUCUCUUUUAGGAUUUUCUGGUAGAGAGCAGAGUUCAUGUUUCCCUCAGUUAUUGUAAGUUGCCCAGGCCCUGAAGCAGCAAAGCAUCCCCACACCAUCACACUUCCACCACCAUGUGUGACCACAGGUAUGAUGUUCUUUUUGUGGAAUUCUGUGUUGGAUUACACCAGAUGUAACGGGACUCCUGUCUUCUAAACAGUUCCACUUUCCACUCCUCAAUACACAGAACAUUCUUCCAAAAGAUGUGAGGAUCAUCAAGGUGUGUUUUUGCAAAAUUCAGAAAAUGUUCUUGUGGGUUAGCAGUGGUUUUCACCUUGCCACUCAUCCAUGGAUGCCAUUUUUGCCCAGUGUCUUUCUGAUAGUGGAGUCAUGAACAGUGACCUUUAUUGAUGUGAGAGAGGCCUGUAGGUCCUUUGAUGUUGUCCUUGGCUCUUUUGUGACUUGCUGGAUGAGUAGUUGCUGUGCUCUUGGAGGAAUUUUGGAUGGUUCAUUACUGUGCCGAGUUUUUCCAUUUGGAGAUAACGGCCCUCACUGUGGUUUUUUUGAAUCCUAGAAUGUUUGAAAUAGUUUUGUAACCCUUCCCAGACUGAUGUAUUUCAAUCACCUUCUUCCUCAUCAUUUCUGGAAUUUCUUACAACUUUGGCAUAGUGUGUUACUGAGUAAGACCUUUUAACCAACUUCAUGCUGUUGAAAAAGUUCUACUUAAGUGUUGAUUUGAUUGAACAGGGUUUGUAGUAAUCAGACCUGGUUGAGUCUAGUCCAGCUGAACACCAUUAUGAAUACAGUUUCAUAGAUUUGGGGAAUUAGUAACUACAGGGGCAAAUACAUUUUCACACCGGCCCAGUUGGUAUUGGAUAACUUUUUUGCUUCUAUAAAUAACAUUAACAAUUAAAAACUGUAUUUUGUGUUUAUUCAGGUUGCCUUUGUUUAAUCUUAGAUUUUGUUUUAAUUUCUGAAACAAUUUAGUAUGAGAGAUACACAAAACCAGAGGAAAUCAGGUUGGGGCAAAUACUUUUUCACGACAUUGUAUUGGUUUGGGAUUGUUAUUGACUGUUUCCUCGUGAGUGAUUUAAUGAAACUGUUAUCAUUAAACAGAAUGGUGCACUAUAUUGUGUUUGCUACUUAUCAGAGGUGUUAUGUCACUACUGCCACUAUCUGUAUCUGUUUAUUGCUCCAAAAUAUCUGUAUUCCAUUUUAAAUCCAAAGUGGACUUAAUCUAACCCUGAAGGGUUUUUUUGUGUGUUGGACAAUAACAUAUUCUCCAGUUAGAUUUUUAUAUUUAUUAGUUCACUAGUUUAUACCUUCAUUUAUACAUUGCAAUUAAUGUUGAAUCAGUGCAAAAAUUGGCCAACGAGUAGACGUGCAAAAAAAAGUUGCAAUAUUUAUUCAUGGCAACCAGUAGCAACAACUGAAGUGUAGCAGUAAUGACUGGAGGCCUGUUCACACCGGAACAUGGUUGUUUUUUGUUCAGCACAUUAAAUGGUCCGUUUUCCGAUGCGUUUUUUUUUGUAUGUGUGUGUGUUCACACCCAGGUGUUAAACACGAGCAACGUGCUGAAUGAAAGUGCAAAUUCACUCCCUGACAGUAGAUGGCGCUUAUUGAAAAGUAGAAAUACCCCGGUACACAAGGUGGUGCUGCAUAACUUUUCGUUUCUGACACCUGCUUAAGAAGAAGAAGAGAGCCAAUAUUUCUGUGUUUGAGAAAAGCCGUUCACACACUUUUUGCGAACUGGCUAACAGAACGUGGAUUUUUCCCUUCCUAUUUGAUCGGCAAUUCCUUGCCACAGCAACUCCCUCUUAUCAAUAUUUUUGUAGUCGCUGUGGUGUUAUUAUAAAUUUCUUGGUGUUCAGACACCAAAAACGUCAGCAGCACAGCGUUCAUCUUGCUUCUUGCUUGCACCUUCUUCUUCUUCUUCUUCUUCUUCUUCAAUUAUCGAUGUGUGCUAGACAGUCUAGACUGCAAGACAGUUUUGUACUUGAGUGCCACCAAGUCGUGGUUUUUAUGUAACUUCAGCAGCUCCGGGCACGUGAACAAAAAUGCGAAUCUCGUUGUUCGGGCAGUUUUUAAUACGGCGCGCCAAAAAAUACAACGAACCCCAAGACGCUAAAAAAAAAAACUUACCGCUUUGAUGCCACAAGUUUUAUGCGUGGGUGUGAACACUCCCGUUGACAGCAAUUGAUUUAGACACGGGGUGUCCCGGUGUGAACAGGCCUUAGGAGUGCAGAUAUAAAAUAUUAGUACAGUACAGGUUGUGAAAAAACAUGAAUGUACUGCAGACUGAGAGGCAGGGACACAGCAGUGUCUGAGUGAGACGAGGUGUGUUCUCUGAUGAGGUGCGUCAGGUUCUGUUCUCUCUCUCCUCUCCUCUUGGUUAUUGUUAGGUUAAUGUUUCUCUGUUCUUCUUUCUCUGCCUCCCUUUCCCCUGGUCCUGACCUUAACAUCGUUCAAUUUCUCAUCUGAGACAAAUUAGAAAUAUGGCAUAUUAUUUUCUCAAAAAUGUACAGACCAUUUACAUGUACAGCAUUUGGUGUUCACAAGCAUGAAAAAAAACUUUAGAAGUGAGACCAGAUAAACUUGGUGCCCAAGUCAAUCCUACAGUAUGUGUGGGACUGCGGAGUACCAAACCAAAUAUUUUACUCAAGUACAAGUAAAACUACCUAUAAAAGUAAUGUUAAUAAUUACUUAAAAGUAAUAAAGUAUGCAAUAAGAAGACUACUCAAGUAGCAAGUUCUGAUUAAAAUGAAGGGAAAAUCCUGAAUCUCAGACUACAUGGAGAACUGUAACUCACACCUCUCUUUGAAAGUCUGUUCUGUUUAUUUGAUAUAAAACUUGGGUUCAAGAUGAAGCAGCAUGUCGAGUCCUGUGAUGGGUACAAUAACACACAACCUGUCAUUUUCAACACAAAAUCUCCAACACACACCCCAAAAACAAACAUUUUCCCAACAGUUGACUGUCUUUAAUGUCACAACAUGUUAACAACGCAAACUUGUCAGCAUCUGCAUUUAAACAAGACGACAGAGAACAAACGAACUGUGUAAGGAAAGAAGAACAGAAAAGAAAGUGUGUGUACAGAGAUAGUGAGUGUUUGUAUGUUAGAAUGUUUGUGUGUGUGUGCAUGCUGACACGCCCACUUCUUCCCCCUCUCCAGGACUCCGCAUUCAGACCACUGCAGUGUAUCGUGAGACUCACCAACUCAUUAUACGUGAUAUAAACUAAUUAUUAAAACUACAUAUAUUCAUUAAUAUUUAACAGUAACGGAGGAAGGCCACUGAAUGUAGUGAAGUAAAAGUACAUAUCUGUGAUUAAAAAUGAGCUUGAGUAAGAGUAUAAGUAUGGCCAAUUAAAUCUACUUUGAAAAGUACUACCCACCUCUGAUACCAAAAUGUGUUUUUGUUAAAGACGAAAAGCUGGAGGCACAAGUUAAUAUUUUUCAUGCAGACUUUAUUACAGCACCAUCUUUAAUUUCUUAACAGCGAUGGAUACAACGCCGCUCAGGCCUGUACAUCUGUUUUGUUGGCAGUUCCAGAGCACAAUUUCUUGUGUCUCAUUAACACAAGACUUAUUAAGGUCUUGAGAUUAUCUGGGUGUUGAUUGGGUCUUAAUCAUGCAUUAUUAGAGAGUGCUUAUGAGGCUAGCAAGAGCGUAAAUCACAGGAAAGUGUUAUGUGAUAACCUUUAGAGAAUGCAGAGGUUACAGAGCAUUGAUGUCAUCUUUUUCUCAUACAGGUAUCAGCUCUUUGGGUGUGAAAAAUGACAAUCAUGAGAGCAAGUGGUACAAAGACAGAUAUUGCGCUGCAUUUUUUUACUCAGUGUGGCCACGAACUGCCUAUUUUGACAAGAGGAGGCCAUGUGAUGGAUGUGCAGAACAACCAAGGAUCAUUGUUUUUGUCUGGCAGGUGAUUGUCAGCACGGUGCUACAAUGAAAUGAAACCUCCAUGAACGUUAUUGCUUCAGUCACCACCAGUCAGGAUAUCUUGCCGCAAAAGGCUUUGUCUAGCUCAGCAUCUAUAUCUUGUUCUGAAAUGCUACUUGUGCUUUAUGUAUUAAAAAUUUGUUUCCUAUUAGAGUAAUUAAAAUUGAAAGCCGAAGGGAGUGUGUCUCGACUCAAUUCAGUUAGCUGUGGCAAUCUUAAUUGGGUGAUAUAAAAACAUUAUCAAUGAAAGUUUGGUACUGGCCAGGUCUUGAAGACUUUCCUUUGUUGGAAAACUUACAGAUUUACCUCUGACUGUUGCAAAGUUGGCCCUUGACACACCUUCCAAAAAUGCUAAAUACAGAUAUCACGGAUAGCGUCACCACUGCAACAAUUACACACAUUUUUUAGUUUGUUUAUGUUGACUGUGCACCAUACAAGCUCCUGUGAGUUAGCUGUAGAUAAAGUAUUAGAACAAGCUCAUAACUAUAAAACUAUGAUUUGAAUUCCAGCCAGCACUACUGUCAGAGAGGGACAAAAUUAAUCUAUGCCU